CGCAGGAGAUCGUCGGUGGACUUGUUUCACGUCUCUGAGUCUCGUCAAAGAAAAAAAAAGGCAAUUUUACACGCCUGAGGAUGUGGCUGUGUUUGGUGAUGCUGGGGCUGUUAGCAGGGCUGCCAGAUCCCUGCAGAGGAAUGGAGGCUCUGUCAUCUCAACUGUGGAUACUGGAGUUGAAGGAAAGCCACAAUAGAAAUGUCACUUACCGACCGAGCUUAUUAAAUAUGCCAGACCUCCCAAGCUGGCUACAUUACUCACCUGCUAAUCACUCUGGGUUUGUUUAUGGAGUGCCACCUAAGGGUAUAUCUCAGUUCCAACUGGAGGUAGUACAAAGAGACAAGAGCACCUAUAACACAUCUCACAGGGUGUACAAUGUAGAUGUUUUGGAACAGCCACGUAAGCCCUACGAGGUACGCUUCAAAAUCAAAAAUUUGAAUGUAGAGCAUAUGCUAGAGCACAAAGUCUGGGAGAAACUGAUGCCCGUGCUGACAGAAGACCUGUGGGAAGAGAGUGCUGCUGACCUUAACGUAACCUACCUCGCCUCAGCUACCCAAAAGGGCGAUCGCUUGCCUGCCAGACCUUACGAGCGAGAAGGAGUUUACAUAGGAUUUGGCAGCUCUGCAAAAUUCUCGUCUUCUCUGUAUGGUCUAGAACAGGAGGUCAAGAUACUCCGGAUCCAUCGUCCCUGUCCAGCAUAUUAUAAGAAAACGUCAUAUGAGCGCUUCUUCCGCGAGAAGGACUUUGACGUUGACUGGUGCAACUUUAAUUUGUAUGACAACAGUGGUGACAUGAUGUAUGGUGGGCAUGACGAUUCCCGUGAUCAUGAGGAAGGUCACAGGUCCCCAGUGAUCUCAGCCCUGGAGAAUGAGGGGAGGGUGUACCUUCGCAGCCGUGAGCAGAUCACAAAACGGUCCUACACUCUAGAUGUGGUGCACACCAUCCUGAUCCCCCUGGUUGUGAUGCUGGUGCUCCUGGCCCUGCUUACACUGGCUAUGUGCUGCCACAGGAAUAACAUGGACCAACAAUCCAGUGACUUUUUCGAUGAACUCUUUGAUGACUUCCCGCGCAUCCCAGCCACGCAAGACAUCCAGAUGGUUCAGUAUGCAAGCAUUCACAGAGCCACGGAAGCACUGCGAGCUCUAAAGGGACGAGAGCACUCUCCUCAUCCCUCCACAGCCACAACAACCACACAGGCUGACACACUCCCCAGGUCUUGCACCGCUAGUCCCUCCUCCACCCUGCCUCGGAAUUCUACGCUUAGUCGCCGCUUUGAGGACUAUGCCACCCUCACACGGCCUGACCCACCACCAUAUCAGAGGAAUGGAGCAACACCUACACGCUAAGAUUUGUCAUGGUCGGCAAGACAGCUGGAUUGAGGAGAGGUUAGCAUAUAGAUUGCAUAAUUAUGAUUGGUGGCAAUGCAGCCAUGGAUAAAAAUUUGUUUAUUGCUUACUUGAGGUUGUAAGGAGAGCAGUUACGAAUAGAUCUUGAACAGUAAUAGACAAAAAUUAUGGAGAAUGAUAAAAGUUGGUCCAUUAUUAUUUAAGAAGUGAAAGGCAGUGUCAAGUAUUACUUGUAUCCAUUGAUAUGCUUCAUUUUAGGUGUUUGUUGAUAUAUUUCCCAUGUGAUUUACCUCUCUGUGAAGUGUAAAGUAAACCUUUGGCUGAAAAUGUGCCAUGAACUUGCAUUUAAACUGUAAUAGUAGUGCAAUAGAACUUCCAGAUUCUCUUUUAAGCUUACUAACUCUCUUCUGUAUUUAUAAUAAAGUACUUUGACUAUUGCAUAAUCUUCAAGAAGGUUUCACUUACAGUUUGACUUUUACUUACAAAGUUAUUGUAAGUAGAUAUUCAAAGGGAUUGACAUGUUUGGGCAUCUAAAGUGGGGCACUGUUAGAAUGUGAUGAAAUAGUUACUUAUACAGGGAGUACUGUACUCUGAUAUAGUGUAAUUUUUUACCAAGACUAGUGUGAAUAUGAAAUGAAGUUUCAUACCAAAUUUUCCAGUUAUAAUAAAAUACAAACUUUCAAAAUAUGACAGAAUAUGUCAAUUAUGUGAACCCUAUGUAUCUGAAAUUCUUGAACAUCUCUGAGAGAUCUGUUUGCCAAUAUUAAACUGUUAUUGCCAAUGUAUUGAAUUUAUCUCAUAAGGCUCAUAUGGUUUUCAGUGGUACAGAAUAAAUUCAGAAGCCUCUGUGUCAGAUCUAAUGAAUUUGCCUAAUCUUUCUCUCUUGAGAAGACCUACUGGAAUCUGUUUGUCUGAGGAUCUUAGCUGUUGGCCACUACACAUGCCAAGCUUGAGGUAUCUGGCCUGCUUUUUGUGAUGAUGUAUUGACCAUAAUGAUGAAUUUAUCAAGUAAUCUAUGGUCCACCUAAAUCCAUGAACCAAGCCAUUAUUGUGGAUGGGCUAGGGUUGAUAUAUCAAUCAAUAAAGGGAUAAUAUAUCAGUAUAUGAAGCUAAUGCAUUGUAGAAUACUCUUCUUUAAAUAUCUUAGUACAAUUGAGUAUUAAGUGAUUUAUCUUGUGGUGACAUUUUAAUGGUGGAAGAAAUUGUUGUCCAUGGGUUUAGGGUGGGAGAAUAGUGGUUAUGGUAUGAACUUCAGUAUAUAUUAUCAACUUAAAUUUAAAUGUAAAAUCAACUGAAAGGGGUAUAUAAGAGCACUUUAUAGGAACCUGGCUAGUUUCUGCAUACAUAUAUGUGGUUUUAAUUUUAAGAAAUUUAUAAUUAUAUAACUAAUUGGAGGAAACACUGUGGCUAAACUGGUCCUGAAUGAAAUAGUAAAUUGUGAAUCUACUGAUGUUAAUUAGAGUUAGGAAAUGACUAUAGCCUAUGUUCUUUUUUUUUUUUUUUUACAAAGAUUACCAAUUGAAUUAGACUUUCAGAUCCCCCAGUGCUUUUGUAACUUCCUGUAAAGUAUAUCAUAAAAAGUAAAAUAACAAAGAAAGAGAAACAUACCAGUAUUUGAAGUGAAUGCAUAUCAUAUAUCAUUAUGCUAAAAGGAGUUUACAGUGUGAUUUGUGGAUUAGGUCUAUGUAUGCAUACAUGUGUGGAUGCAUAAACAACACAUAUCAGUAUACAUUUUGCAUAUACUUUUACAGACACUAGCAAUAGAUUAAGAAUAGCCAAUACACAAAUACAUUGAUAUGUUUAGGAUUUUAAAAAGAGAAAAAAAAUAUUCUUAUAUCUGUAAGUUUAAUUAUUUUUUACAAAAAACUAAUAAACUACAGUAUUAUUUUACAUUACACAUAGUAACCAUGAUCUCUUUAAUCAUAUAAUUUUAUAAAUUAGAAACCAUUUUUGAAGUGGAAAGUAUAGCUGAAACUAAAGGUCAGAUGGAAAAGUACUGAGGGAAGCAUAAUGCAAAAUAAGAUAUUUAUAUAAAUGAGUACUUAAGGAAAUACAUGUUGAUGUGUUUGAUGACACUGGUUCAUCAAAGAAUUACAGUGUUUAUCCUUGUAACUGUUGUCAGAAACAUGAUAUUACUGUGGUACAACAUUUAUUGGUUUGUAAUAAUGCUAAACUAUACACUUUAACUUACAGGGUACUGAUAUAUCAACAAAAGAAUGCUGUCUAGUCAAAAGGCUUUAAAGUAUUAGACUUUAAGAUUGUCAUUGUUGUUGUCAGUUGUGAUUUUUAUUGUUUUGCUUUCAAUAAAUAAUGAAAGUAU